GUGCUUACAAACUUUAACACUCUUUACGAUUGCGAGUCAGGUAGACAACUCGCAGUGCUACAGGAAUUAGUUUGUAAACAGAUUAUCUUCGAGUAGCAACCGUUCGUCGAUCUCGGCUGCAGAGAUCAUUCCUGACUCGUAUUUUGGUUAUCGCGUGUUUGUGAAUUGAUGGUACAUAUUAUGAUGGAUUCAAGCAGAUUCAAAUACUUUUGUCUAUUGGUUAUUGUGUUUUGCAGUUCUGGUAACUGUGUGCUAUACCCCAUCAACCCAUUUCGAGAUGUAUUGCAAACCUCAAUGUUUCCAAACGAGAGACUCUCGCUGGACGAUUGUCACUUGCGGUACUACAAAUACGGCAAAGAGGGCCUGGUAGCUCCGGCCUUCGGGGAGCCGGCCUAUUUGAAGGAGUUUGCCCACAUGGCCGCCAUAGGAUGGACCCUACCGAACGGCACCAUCAACUGGAAAUGCGGUGGCUCACUGGUUUGGGAUAAUUACGUUCUCACCGCGGCGCAUUGUGUCUCAGAUAAUGGCACAGCUCCCGAUGUGGCUCGGUUCGGUGACAUCAACAUUUUCAGCGACGAGGAUGAUCAGUAUGCUCAGCAACUGCGGAUUGUGAACAUUUUCCGACACCCGGAGCACAGGUUUUCCGCUACGUACAACGAUGUUGCACUGCUGAAGCUGGAAGCCAAUGUGACACUUCAUCCCACGGUGGCCCCAGCAUGCCUUUGGAAAGACGACGACGUUCGAUUUCCUACCUUGGAGGCCACCGGAUGGGGAGACACUGGGUUUGGCCUGGAAAGAACACCAUCGUUGUUGAAAGUGACACUGAAGCCGAUCAGUAAUGCCGCGUGCCAUGAAAUAUAUGGAACUAUAGACCGAAGACUACGCGAAGGUAUCAAAGAUCAUCAGAUAUGCGCGGGAGACGAACGGAUGGAUACCUGUCCAGGAGAUUCCGGUGGUCCUCUUCAAGUCAGGUUGCUCCACAAUGCCAAAAUGUCACCAUUUUUGGUUGGCAUAACUUCUUUCGGGACGGCUUGUGGAACGUCCACUCCUGGUGUGUACACGCGAGUAUCAUCGUUUUACAGCUGGAUCGAACAGACCAUUCGCAGCCAGGAGAGCAACGUGUUUGACGGGAGUUUGGAUCCGAUCACAUGCGCACUCCGGUAUGUCCACCUAAGGGAGUAUGAAGAUGAUAUUAUCAUUAGUAAGUCGAAAGAUUACAUAACACUUGAUGCUACGAAAACACAUAUGACCUUCAACUCAGGAGAGCUCAACCAUGUGGUUAAAAUCGGUUGGAAUAAUCGGAGAAUUCGACGAGAUAACUGCAGUGGAACUCUGAUCGCGGACGAUACCGUUCUAACAUUGGCUGAAUGCACCUCGCAUACCGGAAUUUCUGCAAAUUACGUUGAUUUGAACAAUAACGAACGUAUAGAGAUUGCUGAAACCAUCGUUAAUCCAGCGUACCGAGAGCAGUCACUGUAUAACAAUAUUGCAGUUCUAAAGCUUAAAAAUAGAGUCAAGUUGUCCUCCGCUCUUACUCCGGCAUGCAUAUGGCAUUCACAGAGCAUUCCUGACCCGCAGCUACAGGUCGCCGGGAUUGGUCGUAGCGACAUCAAUUAUAUGAACAGGGGUGCAAAAUUUGACUUACUUUCCGAACCCACCGAAAGGUUUCUCCUACCGCGGGCCAGUGUCAACUCGGACCAAAACUGUACUAUCCCGGUUGAAUUCCAAUCACGCCUUACACGUGGCAUAUCCAACGAGCACCUCUGCGUUGGCAAUCCACUGUUCUUAGUUCCCGGAUCAUGCCGCCUGAUCUACGGAGCUCCUAUGCAGCGGGCCAUGGGGCGUAAUAAUCGUUACUACACCUAUGUCUACGGCUUGAAUUCAUUCGGACGAGAUUGUGGUUUUGGCGAAGCUGCAGUAUCGACAAGGCUGUUUUCCCACGUGGACUGGCUGAAAACGGUUCUUCUUCCAAACUUCCGUGGAGACAGUGCGGUGCAAUUCGUCAACCCCGAUUGGAAGGAAAAUGAUUCCUGUGACUACGAAUACGAUGAAGAUACACCCGGCAUCUGUACGCACCACACAAGAUGCCCCAAAGUGUGGGAUGACUUGAAUGCAAAGAGGAUCGUCCAUUUCUGCUCGUCGACGACUGUUGUGUGCUGCCCAACUCGGUUUGUACAGAAAGAACGUGCACGAAAUCAAAACAAUGAGUUGGAUACCUGUAGUACCCAAUACGCUGGACUACAUCAACGGUACAACGAAAUCUACCGAAAAUCAGCAACCCUGGUCCCGCACAUGGUUACGCUGACCGGAACAACAUCUUCUUGCUUGGGGUCCCUGGUCACAAAGCGGACUGCAGUUACAGCGGCCAGCUGCGUUGCAUCGAAUAGCCCUGGGAAAGCAUUACUGGCAGAUGGCAGCACUGUAUCAGUUCGGAAAACUACCGUUCAUCCAAAGUACGACGGAACCCGUUCGGUAAAUGAUAUCGCGCUGGUGGAAUUGGAUCGGCCCAUUACCCCUAGUGCCGCAGUUUUUCCGGUGUGUGUUUGGGCGAAUUUAACUCAUACUCCUUUAUAUUUGCGACUCUAUCAAGGCAUCCCUGACUCAGAUCGACCCCAGAUGGUACCGAUGUAUAACACCGACUGCCAACGAGACUACAAACGAAAGAUCAGCUCCCACCAGCUGUGCGCCGACCAAAUCAACAUAGACACAUCCUCCAGCUGCUAUAGCAUAGGUGACCAACUAAUGUGGUUCAAACCCGAUGAUAAUGAGCUGAACGGUAACACUACCGUGACGCCGCACCUUGUCGGAUUCUACAGCUACGGAGAACAAUGUUCCAACGGCAAUCCAGGAGUCUUCGCCAGAAUCUCCUCGUACGUGGACUGGAUUCGAGAAAAUAUUUAACUAUCAUGUCGUACAUAAUACUCGAUUACUUUAUUAUUUUGAUAAUUUUAGAAUAACCUAACAGUAAUAAAAAUGAUAUUCAUCUUA